ACUAAUUUUAGUAAAGUGUGAAGAAGGUCCGCCAUGGACGGCAGGGGAGGCACUGCGGAAGUCGACCACGGCCGAGGACCGGCACCGGUGGGAGUGCAGAUCCAGCAGACUCAGCGGCUGCCGGAUUUUCUCCAGAGCGUGAACUUGAAGUACGUGAAACUAGGUUACCACUACUUGAUUUCUCAUCUGUUAACUCUGUGUCUUAUUCCUGUGAUGGUCGUUAUUAUUAUCGAGGCCUCUCAGAUGAAUCCAGAUGACAUUCGCCAGUUAUGGCUUCAUUUGCAGUACAAUCUCGUUUCUGUGAUAAUCUGCUCCACCGUUAUGGUCUUCGGAUCCGCGGCUUAUAUCAUGACCCGGCCGCGGCCGGUGUAUUUGGUUGAUUACUCUUGUUAUCAGCCUCCGGAUAACCUCAAGGCUACCCAUCAUCGGUUCAUGGAUCACUCUAGGCUCACGGGAGACUUUGAUGAUUCCAGCCUCGAGUUUCAGCGUAAGAUCUUAGAGCGGUCUGGCUAUGCACUGCGUCCCCCCCUCAGGCGUCUAUGCUGGCCGCCAGGGAAGAGGCAGAGCAGGUCAUGUUUGGUUCAUUGGAUAAUUUAUUUGCGAAUACCUGUUUGAAACCCAAAGAUGUAGGCAUACUCAUUGUAAAUUGUAGCCUGUUUAAUCCAACUCCGUCACUUUCUGCUAUGACUGUGAAUAAAUACAAAUUAAGAGGCAAUAUGAGGAGUUUCAACUUGGGGGGUAGUGCAGGUGUGAUUGCUGUUGAUCUAGCCAAGGACUUGUUGCAAGUGCACAGAAAACAUCACUCAGAAUUGGUAUUUUGGGAAUAAGAAGUCUAUGCUGAUACCGAAUUGUUUGUUUAGAGUGGGAGGUUCUGCUGUUCUUUUAUCUAACAAGUCAAUAGACAGGAGAAGAGCAAAGUAUAAGCUUGUUCACGUCGUGAGGACUCACCGAGGGGCCGAUGAUAAGGCCUUCCUUCCGUUGUGUUUACCAGGAGCAGGACGAAAACGGCAAGACAGGAGUUUCCUUGUCAAAAGAACUAAUGGCAAUUGCUGGUGGUACACUUGAGACCAAUAUCACCACACUUGGUCCCCUCGUGCUGCCAAUCAGCGAACAGCUUCUCUUCUUUUCUACAUUGGUAAUCAAGAAAUUAUACAACCAGAACAUCAUGCCAUAUAUUCCAGAUUUCUGCAUACAUGCUGGGGGGAGGGCGGUGAUUGAUGAGCUGGAAAAGAAUCUCCAACUCCUUCCAACACACGUGGAGGCCUCCCGAAUGACACUACAUCGAUUUGGUAAUACUUCAUCCAGCUCUAUCUGGUAUGAGCUGGCAUAUACUGAGGCCAAGGGAAGGAUGAGGAAAGGACACAGAGUGUGGCAGAUCGCAUUCGGGAGUGGUUUCAAGUGUAACAGUGCUGUUUCGCAAGCACUUCGAUCGUAACGUGAGGCCAUCCACUAAGAGUCCAUGGGAGGAUUGUAUUGACCGGUAUCCAGUCAAAGUAGUGUUGUAGCGCAAUAUGUUAUGGUAACUCUUGAUAACUGGUAUACACUUCUCCCAAUCUGUUAUUCGCUGUGCUGCUUGUGGAUCCUUUUUUUCUGUUCCAUAGGGUUUGUACUCUCGGUUUUUAUCUUCCCUUUCUUUAUCCAGUGUUUAGAUUUU